AUGAACGACAUUCUCCUGAACUUGUCCCUGGACCGGGACUCGGGAGGAUCGGACUACCACAACUUUUCGGAAGAGGAGGAGUGGAUGAUGUCGGGGGACGGGGAGACGGUGAAUUUCGUGAUACGAUGCGUCAUGACCUCGGUGUACAUCCUGAUCAUCACCGUGGGACUGCUGGGAAACAUCACGCUGGUGAAGAUCUUCGUCACCAACAGCGCCAUGCGUAGCGUUCCCAACAUCUUCAUCUCGAGCCUGGCGGCGGGAGACCUGCUGCUGCUUGUGACCUGCGUGCCCGUGGACGCCUUCCGCUACUUCUUCGAGGAGUGGAUCUUCGGCGUGGUGGCGUGUAAACUCAUCCCUGUGAUCCAGCUCACCUCGGUGGGCGUAUCGGUGUUCACUCUGACGGCGCUCAGUGCAGACAGGUACAAGGCCAUAGUGAACCCCAUGGACAUCCAGACGUCCGGUGCGGUGGUGUGGACGUGCCUGAAGGCGGUCUCUAUCUGGCUGCUCUCCACGCUGCUGGCGGUCCCGGAAGCCAUAUUCUCCCAGGUCGUCUCCAUGCAGGGUCACAGCGGUAACGUGACCUUCGUGAACUGCGUGCCGUACCCGCUGUCCAAUCAGAUGCACCCCAAGAUCCACUCGGUGAUGAUCUUUCUGGUGUACUUCCUCAUCCCGCUCGGCAUCAUCUCUGUGUACUACUUCCACAUCGCACGCACCCUCGUCCGCAGCGCGCACAACAUGCCGGGCGAGGUCAGCGAGCACACCAAGAGACAGAUGGAGACCAGGAAGCGUCUGGCUAAGAUCGUGCUGGUGUUCGUGGGGCUGUUUGCACUGUGCUGGUUCCCCAACCACGUGCUGUACAUGUACCGCUCCUUCCACUACCAGCAGAUGGACCUCUCCCUGACCCACCUGGUCAUCAGCCUGCUGGCCCGCGUGCUCAGCUUCUCCUCAUCCUGCGUCAACCCCUUCGCCCUCUACCUGCUGAGCGACAGCUUCAGACGCCACUUCAACAGUCAGCUGCAGUGUGGCCGGGCGCCCCGCCCCCAGCGCCAGGCCAGCUACCUGCAGAGCACCUCCCACAUCCGCCUCACCUCCAUCAAGAAGACCGCCCCCGCCGCCGUCGUCACGGCAGCGGUGCACGUCACAAAUGGAGGCGGCCAGAGAUCGGAGGAGGCUCUCUGA